CGUACAAUGCACUGGACUACCAUUUUUGACCUUUCGCUUUCUGGAUCUAGGGUUUCUUUUCAUCAUCAUCACCAAAACCCUAAUCACACCUGAGACUGGUUGGGAGAGAUACAUCAAGGAAAUCCAUUGGAGGCUCGGCGGUUUGGGAUCGGAUCUAAAAAUUGGCCAAAAGAACCCUAAAUUUCUUUCAGUUUAAUAUGCAAACACCCUAAUUUUGUGUUCUGUUUUCUUGAUUAGAAAUGGUAGAUCUUGCAUGUUGAAUCAAGGAAACUUGUGAACCCUAGGGUUAGGGUUUUGGUGUUGGUGGAGAAGGAGGGUGUGGAUCUGUUGGUGGGCGAGAAAAUGUAUAAAUCUAUAGUUUAUGAAGGGGAUGAUGUGGUUGGGGAAGUUGAGAUAUAUCCACAGAAUCAAGGGUUGGAGUUGAUGAAGGAAAUCAGGAUCUCUCACUACUCGCAACCGAGUGAGAGGUGUCCACCACUGGCCGUGCUACAUACAAUCACGUCUUGUGGUGUUUGCUUCAAAAUGGAGUCGUCAAAGGCUCAGUCACAGGACACGCCGCUGUAUCUUUUGCACUCGACAUGUAUCAGGGAGAACAAGACUGCGGUAAUGUCACUAGGAGAGGAGGAGCUCCACUUGGUUGCUAUGUAUUCAAAGAAGAAAGAUGGACAAUAUCCAUGUUUCUGGGGAUUCAAUGUUGCAUUGGGACUCUAUAGUUCAUGUCUUGUCAUGCUGAACCUUAGAUGUCUUGGUAUCGUAUUUGAUCUGGACGAAACACUCAUUGUAGCAAAUACAAUGCGAUCAUUUGAGGACAGAAUUGAUGCCUUACAGCGGAAAAUAAACACUGAGGUGGAUCCACAACGCAUUUCUGGCAUGGUGGCAGAAGUCAGGCGUUAUCAAGAUGACAGGAAUAUAUUGAAGCAAUAUGCUGAAAAUGAUCAGGUUGUUGAAAAUGGAAAGUUGUUUAAAACUCAACCUGAGAUAGUCCCAGCUUUGUCAGACAACCAUCAACCUAUUGUUCGCCCGCUUAUACGAUUACAAGAAAAAAACAUUAUUCUGACUCGCAUUAAUCCAUUGAUUCGUGAUACAAGUGUACUUGUGAGGCUAAGACCUGCAUGGGAGGACCUCCGGAGCUACCUAACUGCAAGGGGGCGCAAGCGUUUUGAGGUUUAUGUUUGCACCAUGGCUGAAAGGGAUUAUGCUUUGGAAAUGUGGAGGCUUCUUGAUCCAGAGUCAAAUUUGAUAAACUCAAAAGAAUUGUUGGAUCGCAUUGUGUGCGUCAAGUCUGGCUCAAGAAAGUCACUGUUCAAUGUCUUUCAAGAUGGAAUCUGCCAUCCUAAGAUGGCUUUAGUAAUUGAUGAUCGUUUGAAAGUGUGGGAUGAAAAAGAUCAACCUCGAGUACAUGUUGUACCUGCAUUUGCUCCAUAUUAUGCUCCUCAAGCUGAAGCAAAUAAUGCUAUUUCCGUCCUGUGUGUUGCAAGAAAUGUUGCAUGCAAUGUCAGAGGUGGUUUUUUCAAAGAAUUUGAUGAGGGCCUUCUACAACGGAUUCCUGAAAUUUCAUAUGAAGACGAUAUUAAAGAUAUUCGUUCAGCUCCUGAUGUGAGCAACUAUUUAGUUUCAGAGGAUGAUGCUUCAGUUUCAAAUGGAAACAGGGAUCAACCUUGUUUUGAUGGCAUGGCAGAUGUUGAGGUUGAAAGAAAAUUAAAGGAUGCAAUUUCAGCUCCUUCAACAGUUACUAGUCUAGAUCCAAGGCUUUCUCCUCCUCUACAGUUUGCAGUGGCUGCUUCUUCUGGAUUGGCACCACAGCCAGCAGCUCAAGGGUCAAUUAUGCCUUUUUCCAAUAAGCAGUUUCCUCAGUCGGCUUCAUUAAUUAAACCAUUGGCUCCGGAACCAACCAUGCAAAGCUCUCCUGCUAGGGAAGAGGGUGAGGUACCAGAAUCUGAAUUAGAUCCAGAUACAAGGAGGAGGCUUCUCAUACUACAACAUGGGCAAGAUACGAGAGAACACGCAUCAAGUGAUCCUCCUUUUCCUGUAAGACCUCCCAUACAAGUUUCAGUUCCACGGGUGCAAUCACGUGGGAGCUGGUUUCCUGCGGAUGAAGAGAUGAGCCCAAGACAACUGAACCGGGCAGUGCCCAAGGAAUUCCCUUUAGAUUCAGAUACAAUGCAUAUUGAGAAGCACCGACCUCACCACCCAUCCUUUUUCCACAAGGUUGAAAGUUCCGCUUCUUCUGAUAGAAUCCUUCAUGAAAAUCAAAGAUUAUCAAAAGAGGUUCUUCACAGAGAUGAUAGAUUAAGGUUAAACCAUUCACUGCCUGGUUAUCACUCUUUCUCAGGUGAGGAGGUCCCUUUGGGCAGAUCAUCCUCCAACAGGGAUCUUGAUUUCGAAUCAGGACGAGGUGCUCCAUAUGCUGAGACUCCAGCUGUAGGCCUGCAAGAAAUUGCAAUGAAGUGUGGAACCAAGUUGGAGUUCAGGCCCUCAUUGGUUGCUGCUACAGAGCUGCAAUUCUCGAUUGAGGUUUGGUUUGCAGGAGAGAAAAUUGGUGAAGGAACUGGUAAAACAAGAAGAGAAGCACAAUGUCAGGCUGCUGAAGCUUCUCUUAUGUAUCUGUCUUAUAGAUAUCUGCAUGGGGAUGUGAAUAGGUUUCCUAAUGCAAGUGACAACAAUUUUAUGAGUGAUACAAAUUCUUUUGGUUAUCAGUCCUUCCCCAAGGAGGGAUCUAUGUCAUUUUCAACUGCAUCAGAGUCAUCUAGGCUUCUAGACCCAAGGCUGGAAAGUUCUAAGAAGUCGAUGGGUUCAAUCUCUGCCCUAAAAGAAUUAUGCAUGAUGGAGGGCCUUGGUGUAGAAUUUCUAUCUCAGCCUCCACUUUCAUCUAACUCGACCCAGAAGGAAGAGAUAUGUGCUCAGGUUGAAAUAGAUGGACAGGUCUUAGGGAAGGGAACUGGAUCAACAUGGGAUGAUGCUAAAAUGCAGGCUGCUGAAAAGGCCCUUGGAAGUCUAAAGUCUAUGCUUGGUCAAUUUAGUCAGAAACGUCAGGCUUCCCCACGGUCUCUGCAAGGGAUGGGUAAACGGUUAAAGUCUGAGUUUACACGAGGUCUUCAGCGGACGCCUUCCUCUGGCAGAUAUUCCAAGAAUACUUCUCCAGUGCCCUGAGAGAGUAACAUACAAGCCUUCUCUCUCUCUUACUUUCUGGUAUUACAGCUGUUGGGAUGCCUGUACCAUACAUAACAUGGGGCUGUUGAGGUCCAGGAUUUGCCAGUGGGUUGUUAGCCGUUGAGACUCAUUUAAGAUACUUGGUUUCAAGCAAAGUGGUACUCCUACUGGAUGUUGCUGGCUUAGUUUCAACUCUCACAAAGCAGGUGAAGACACUUUGCCAAGUAGCUGAAGUCCCAAGAUGUUCCCAUUUUGGGAUUUUCAGCGGCUGUUGUAUGGAGUUUUCCUCAAAAGUGGUUAAAAGCCAUACAGCGCCAUACAAGGUGGUGCCAUGUAGCCUCCAAUUUCUUUUGUCUGGUCAGCACCAGGAUCUGUAUGAAGGUUUCUUGGCUUGGGGUUUUUUGGGAAGUACUGAUGUUUAUUUAGGUGGAAGUAACAGGUUAUAGAACAUGGUGUUGAUCAGCGGCAGGCUCCAGUUAUUAUACACACACUUCAUGCUAACCCGUUAACAGCCUUUUUUUUGCCCUUUACUCUUUCUUCCAUUGUCCAUUCUUUUUUUCCUUUUUUUUUUUUUUUCUAAUGCUUUUGUCCGCCGUUCACCCAUCAGUAGAUGAAGAUAAUGUUGAAUCCUCAACCCCAAAAUCAUGAAUUUGCAUGUUGGCAUGAUUCAGAUGGAGAUGAUGUAACAUAGUUCUUUCAAUGUAAUUUCAUGGUUGAAUUUGUCAUCUCA